AGAAUGUUGUGUAUAGUUUGUAGUUGCUGAUGUUAAAACAUAUUACAAACAUUAUCGAAAUAAUUUAGUAAUAAUUUCCUAGGCAAUAUAUUCUAUUCAAUAGACAAUAUAAUCUAUUCAUAAUUCUUCCAAUUAUCUAGUUUAUGCAUAAGACAAAGUGAAAGCUCUAUCAUGGACCUCAAGAUGUAUACAGUAAACAACAAGAUCAAAAAUGCGAUAACCAUAAUAAAUUCUAUGGAUGAAAAAAAGUUUCCUAUUUUAGUAUCGCAUAUAAGUGAUAUGCUUGAAAACCAAAAGGAACUGUCACCAGAGGAAAUAAACAAAUUAGAAUCAUCUCUAAAACUCAAUUCUUACGAAGUACAAUUGUUAAUUUCCACUGUGCAAUAUUUGCUUACUGAAAAUGACAAAUAUGUCAUUAAACCUUCAGUCCUGCAUUCAAAAAUGAUGUCCAUAGGAAUAAACGAAUCAAAAGUAGAACCCUUCAUCAAGAUAUGGAUGAAAAAUAAUAAAGAAUUGUUAGAAGAUUUAUGUACCAAUGAUUUAAAUAAACCAACGCGCUUAGAGGACUUUAAAUGGCAAUUAAGUUUACAAGUAUGUUCAACAACAAAACAGAAACAGAAAUUGCCUACAGCCAUGAUGCAAUUUGUUUUAUCGAAAGAUGGCAGUGAAGAUUUGUGCGAACUUGAAAUGAAUCAUGAGCAGCUUUCAGCCUUUUAUAAUCAAUUGGAAAAUAUACAACAGAAAUUGGAUGCCAUAAACAGUUGAGCAUGUAGUUAUUGCAAAUGUUGCUUCACUUUCUGGUAAAUCUGGGCUAUCGUAUAUUUUGCAUAUACGUGUUUCACCACGUCCUUUUCGAAGAGAUAGACGAGUUGUAGAGGCAUGAGCCAUUAUGUUAC